UUAUGUCAAUAUCGCUAGCCACGCGUUAAUAGCUACAAUCUCGUUUACAUAAAUAAACACAGAUUUCUGAGACUUAUUCAAACAAUACUGUAUCUUUAACAAUAAACAAUGAGUGUAAACAGAAGAUUAUCGAACCCUGCAUUCAAGACUAACCAGCAAUAUGAAUUGAAUGAAGAAUGGAACAACUUCAUGAAGAAGAUAGGUGAAGUAUCCGGGUUGGUGAGGGAUAUGGCGAGCGGUGACAAAGGAAAAGCUGAUGCCGCUACAGCCAUAGCUGACGAGUACCUUAAAGGCAAAGUCAUAUUGGAUGAGGAUGUGAAAAUGAAGGUGAAGGGAGAUCGAACCGUGAUCAAUCACAAAGCUUUCCGAUCACUAGAUAAGAAAGACACUGGAGAAAUGGACAAAGACGCAUGGAUGGCAGAAGUAGGCAAAGAUGCGGACCGCCGAGCUUUAGACCGCAAGAUUCGCAAAGAGAAGGCCGACACUCUCAAGACUCAAGCUAUCAAGGCUUUCCGUCGCCAAGAGUACGAUAGGGCGCUUUCCUGUUACAACCGAGCUAUCGAACAGGUUAAGGACAACGCAAUGAUGUACUGCGACCGGGCUCUGACAAAUAUCAAGCUUGGGAAAUACGAUAAGGUUUUCAUUGACUGCGAAUGGGCUAUACGUCUCAAUGAGAAUAGCUUUAAGGCGCGUCUGUAUAAAGCUAAGGCCUAUAAGGAAUUAGAAGAAUUUGACAAACUGAAGGAAUGCAGGACAGAGUUAGAUGAAAAGUUUCCACAGCACGAAGAUCUUAUUAAAUAUUUUCUGGAUAAAAAAGAAGGUGUUGAAGAUGAAGAGGGAGAUUUGUAGAAUUCUCUACAUCCUUUUAUCGAAUUUUAGGAAAAACUUCAGCGAGUAUAUUUUGUUUUUCAGUAGUUUCCAUUUUCAAAUUCUUGUAGUCAUUAAUUUUAG